AGAUGAACAUCCAGGUCCUGCCAGACCACAAGCUGUCAUCAGUGGCCCCGCUGAAACCCUGCAAUGUGGAGAAGAAGGAGGUGGAACUGAUACUGGUGAAGGACCAAAAUGGGGUCCAGUAUACCAGUUCGACCAUCAUGCCCACCCCCAGCACGCACGGCACCCCCAGCACGCACGGCACCCCCUGCACCGCCGAGGAGCUGGAGGAGAGGGAAACAUGGGGAAAGAAAAUAGACUUUCUCCUAUCCGUCAUAGGCUUCGCAGUGGACUUGGCCAAUGUCUGGCGAUUCCCUUACCUCUGCUACAAGAAUGGAGGUGGUGCCUUUCUAAUCCCCUACAUUCUGUUCCUGGUGAUUGCUGGGAUGCCACUGUUCUAUAUGGAACUAGCCCUGGGACAGUACAAUAGGGAAGGAGCUGCUACAGUCUGGAAGAUCUGCCCUGUCUUUAAAGGUGUGGGCUACACUGUGAUCAUCAUAGCGUUGUAUGUGGGUUUCUACUACAACGUCAUCAUAGCCUGGUCCCUGUACUACCUGUUCUCCUCUAUGACCAGUGAGCUGCCCUGGCUCCAUUGUGGCAACGCCUGGAACAGUCCGAACUGCACAGACCCCAAGCUACUAAACGGAUCCUUCCUGGGCAAUGGGACGUCUUAUGCCAAGUACAAGAUGACGCCUGCUGCAGAGUUCUAUGAGCGUGGCGUACUCCACCUCCAUGAGAGCAGGGGGAUCCAGGACCUGGGCAUGCCUCGCUGGGAGCUGGUCCUCUGUCUGGUGGCUGUGGUCUUUCUUCUCUACUUCAGUCUCUGGAAGGGCGUCAAGUCCUCUGGCAAGGUGGUGUACAUCACGGCCACCAUGCCCUAUGUGGUGCUGUUCGUCCUGCUGAUCAGAGGCAUCACUCUGCCAGGGGCUAUGGACGGCAUACGGGCCUACCUCCACAUCGACUUUAAACAACUCAACGACCCCAAGGUGUGGAUUGACGCUGCUACCCAGAUCUUCUACUCAUUGGGAGCUGGCUUUGGAGUGCUCAUUGCAUUUGCUAGCUACAAUAAAUUUGACAACAACUGUUACAGGGAUGCUAUCCUGACCAGUACAGUGAACUGUGUCACCAGCUUCUUUUCAGGUUUCGCCAUCUUCUCUGUGCUCGGCUAUAUGGCCUACAAACACGGAGUAAGGAUAGAGGACGUGGCCACCGAAGGUGCAGGACUGGUGUUCAUCAUCUAUCCUGAGGCCAUCUCCACCCUGCCUGGAUCUACCUUCUGGGCCAUAGUAUUCUUCAUCAUGCUGCUGACUCUGGGCAUCGACAGCUCUAUGGGCGGUAUGGAGGCAGUCAUCACAGGACUGUCAGACGACUUCAAGAUCCUGAAGAGGAACAGGAAGCUGUUCACCUUCGCCACGGCAUUCGGAACCUUCCUUGUCGCGCUCUUCUGCAUCACUAAUGGAGGUAUAUAUGUGCUGACUUUGUUGGAUAACUACGCGGCAGGGACCUCCAUCUUGUUUGGGGUGCUGAUUGAGGCCAUUGGGGUGUCCUGGUUCUACGGCGUGGACCGCUUCAGUGAGGAUAUCGAGCGCAUGAUGGGCUUCAAGCCAGGUCUCUACUGGAGGCUGUGCUGGAAGUUUGUCAGCCCCACCUUCCUACUGGUCGUGGUGAUUGCCAGCAUCGUGACGUCCACGGGCCUGAGUUAUGAUGACUAUGUCUUUCCUUCAUGGUCCAAUGUGAUUGGCUGGGGCGUAGCUCUGUCCUCCAUGAUGUUUGUGCCCAUCUACGCCAUCUACAAGUUCCUCAGUAUGCCAGGGACAUUCAAACAGAGGAUCGCCUACUGCAUCACACCAGAACACGAACAUCAUCUGGUGGCGGAGGGAGCUACCAUCAGACAGUUCACGCUCAAGCACUGGUUGGCUAUCUGACAACCUGAUGUCACCCAACCUUCCCCCACUACUCACAAUUCCGGGGUGUUGGAGUCAUUGUGUUUCGACGGCAGAUGUUCCUGCUGCUGAGCUUCCUGCUACUGGAGGAUGGACAGGGAUAACGCCAUGCGCCUCUCUGUGUUCUGUUGGUUCUGACCCAACCUGCGACCUGCCAUCCCCUCUUUUCCACUCGGCUCCUCAUCUCCCUCUCUCUCUGUUGAGUGACUACAGAUCAUUUGUUUUUUUUUACGAUGACUGUUCUGUGUUCAUUAGUUAUACAUGGGUUAGACACUUAAACCAAGUCAAAAAGUACCAAAUGACCACUUCUGUCAUCAUGUAUGCUCUAGGCAGGGGGAGACAAACAUGACUCGCAUUGCUUUUUAUCUUCUUGAUUCUUUUCAAAGAGGCCCCUCAAGCUUUUAGGUGAACGAGAAAGGGAAGAAAUCUAGUUUCAUUGCCCUCUUUGUAUGUCUGACUGAGUAGGUCCCCAGUCACUACUCUAGAUAACAGCAGCUCAACUGUGUCAGUGCCUUAUCAAGCUAGACACUUCAGAACCUGUCAAUGUUUUCAUUGGUCCAUACAGAAAGGUAAAUGUUUUCAUUGGUCCAUACAGAAAGGUUUUGCCCGACGACUCAGGAAUCCUCCUGCAGAUCAGAGCUCGUGGAUGACAGAUACACUUUAUGGUUACCAACAUACGUUAUUCAUUCAGUUUGAAUGACAAUGUCCUUUAGAUAUUCAUCUUACAGCAGUAGAGGUUUUCCCAGUUGUCUUUUCCAUCUUUUGAAACCUACCUGAAACAGAUCUGAAGCUUUUGUCACCUGCCUCACAGAAAAGGGAACAAUUUAUGUUGAGACUCAGAAGUGUUUUGUCUUGCAAGUGGUCGUCCUUAUACUUUACACAUGGCCUUUACACAGAGUAGAGGUCUACAUUGUCCUGCUAUGGUUGCUAAUGGUACUGUGUGUACCAACUUUAAUGUGUUGCAUAGUACUAGCAUCCUCUUCAGAGAGGCUUGUGCCCUUGAUCCAAUGAUUUGCCUUCGCCGUGCUUGUGGAUAAACAGUAGUAUUGAACAGUGAUGAAGACACAAAGGGAGGCUUUGAUUAAAUGAAGUUGAAUCCAGCACUUGAAAGAAGUCUUUAACAGAAGUACUUGUUUCAGUUUUCUAUGGAGAGGUAUGCACUCUUAGUGUUUUAGGGAACGUUUUCAGGCAUGCAAGAAAUGCCCUGUUUUAUCAAAAGCUUAACUGACUUACAGCACUAACACAGGUAGACUCAACAAAACAAGUGAUUUCUUUACUUUUUAUAUAAUGUUCUCUUUGUUAUGUUGCAUCUUUCCAAUGCAUUGUUUUGUGGUCCAUAUGGGUGAGGGAAAUCAGGAGCUUCUCCUUCAAAGUGUGUGUGUGUGUGUGUGUGUGUGUGUGUGUGUGUGUGUGUGUGUGUGUGUGUGUGUGUGUGUGUGUGUGUGUGUGUGUGUGUGUGUGUGUGUGUGUGUGUGUGUGUGCCUGCGCAUGUGGAAGGAUAGCUAGUGUAUUUUAAGUUUGAAAUGAAAUGCCUCAUUCAUUGUUACGUUAAAUAGUUUAUGGUGUCUUUAUAUGUUACUUUGUCAUCUGUUAAAGCCUAUUUUUUGUCAAACUCGACUUAAAGAAAAUUCACCACCAAGGAAGUGCCAAACUGUUCACCCCUUUUUUAGAGAUGUUUUUGUCUUUCGUUUUGUUUCUCUUUUAUGUUUCUUUAUUUAUUCAAAUGGAGUUGAAAUGUAACUGCAUUUUUCUUAUUGUGAAAUAACAUUAAUGGCAGGAAGCAAGUCACACACAACAAUUAUUAUUGUAUGUGGAGUAUAAGACAUGGAAAAAUAUAUACAUAUAUUCUUUUGUUAUAUAUCUAAUCUUGUAUUUAUCAAAUAGUUUAUAAACGAAACGUGAAUGUAAAGUAUUUUAAACGUAACUGUCCACUGUUACUGUUAUAUCAUUGUGUUUGAUGUAGGUAAGAUGAAUCUAUGUACAGAUGUGUUCUCCAGUGUAACCGGGGUAACUUUGCAACGUGAAUGUAGAACCCUGGCAUUACCUGAGCUACGUUUACAGAACACUGUGUACAAUACAAAAGUCCUGUUGAACGUGAGUGACAACUAUCUAUGAAGAAGUCAAAAUAUGCACACUAUUAUAAUAAAGAGUUCUUCUACACACACA